GUUUGCGGCUGCCUAUGAUCACCUUGCCCAUUUGCGUCAACGCGAUUUUCACGUGGAAAGUUGUGAUCCAGCGGCUGGAAAGCUAUCUGCACCAAAGUCCUGACCAGGAAAACUUUCAAAAGUACGAAGCGGUGUUCGCUGCGGAUGAUGGUACGGCGGAGCAGCAGGGGAUGAAGAAGCGAUCCCAAGGAACGCAAAGUGAAGUUCAAGAUUCGACUAGAGCGCACCUCGCUGACGCUGCCAGCGAGGACCUACUUCUGCAAGUUGUCGAUGCGUCCUUUGCCUGGACUCCAGAAAGGCCCGAGGAUGCAGCCAAACUCGAAGAGGAGAGCAGCCCUGGAAAACAAUUGAACUCGACUCUGGUGGAAACGCCUGUUGCAGGAGGAGAAAACGGAGCCAGCAACCAUUCUGCGUUUCUGCUUCGCAAUCUGAAUUUCGCAGUGAGAAGAGGUGACCUGGUUGCGGUCGUUGGUAGCAUUGGCUGCGGAAAAACGAGUUUGCUGCUGUCCCUCCUCGGUAGCAUGGUGAAGAGAAAAGGAAAAGUUCAGUACAAAUGGAAAAGGAAGGAGGACGAAGUGCAAGCAACAGCAAACGCACAGCCACUGAGUUCACACAUUGGCUACGUGCCUCAAAAGCCCUUUGUUUUAUCCGGUACCAUUCGCGACAACAUUUCGAUGGGUCGGUGUGACCCGGAUGAGCAAGGAGAGCAAGCGAGCGCCCUUCUCAACGAGGCCGUUCGGAAAAGCCAACUGGUUGAUGAUAUGGAGCGUGGUGCGUGGAAUUGGGAGACGGAAAUUGGGGAAAGAGGUACCACGCUAUCGGGAGGCCAGCAGCAAAGGUUGGCGCUCGCGCGAGCUGUCUAUGGUGACCCAGAUUUGUUGGUCAUCGACGACGCCCUAUCAGCUGUCGACGGGCACGUCGCAAAUGCGAUCUUCGACAACGUCUUCGCAAAACGUCUUUCUGGGCAGACCGUGAUAAUCGCCCUGAAUCAGCUGCACUUUCUCCCCAGGUGUGACUAUGUGUUGUUUGUUGAGAAGGGGCAGAUCAGUGCACAAGGAACGCUAGCGGAGUUGCUGCGAAAGGACGAAGGGGGUAGCGCCGGACUCAGGCGCUUUUACUCCGAAAACACAGCAGAAGAUGAAAAGGAUGCGAAUCCCGAAAUUGGCCUGUGCUCAUCUUCAGGACCCGCGGAAACGGACGCUGCGCUGGUUGCAGAGGAGAUUGACUUUGAGAUAAAGGCAACGCAAAAGCAAGACCCAGCAGAUGCUUCUGCAGCAAAGAAAAAAGCUGCGGAUUGCUCCUCUAAAGAUGGCGACCCCCCAUCGUCCAAACAAGAUCUGACAGUGACAAGGUCGACUAAAAGCGACGUUUUUGCAAAGGAGAUGGCGCAGACGGGCCGCAUUUCCACGGCGCAGACAUUGCGGCCGUUUUUCAACAGCCUCGGGCGGUACACGUACCUGACGAAGGUGGUCUCGAUCGCACUGUGUUGCUACACAGCCAUGGCAUUGACCGACCUGUGGCUGGCCGACUGGGUCACGUCCAGCGAGAACGAAAACGAUAAUUCCAAGUACUCCCAAACAGAGCGUAUUUUGGUUUACGUAGGCCUAACCCUAACCCACUUGUGCGGCCUAUUCGCCUUGUCUCUGUUCAACGCGGUAGCCAUGAACCGCGCCUGCAAACAGUUGCACAACGACGCCGCGACCACAGUCAUGCACGCACGGUGGACUUGGUUCGAGCAGACCCCGUCCGGCCGCAUUCUCUCCCGUUUCGGCGCUGAUCUCAGUGCCGUGGACCAUUUUCUACUGCUUUUUUUGGACGACUCCGCCCAUUUCUUCUUUGCGGUCACGGCACUAGUCGUUGUCAUCGCCAUCGUGGUGCCGAUUGUGAUCCCGGUCUUGGUCGUCUCGCUGGCGACUUUCUACUUGAUCAUAAAGCGGGUGGCGUUACUCUCUAUGGAGUCGAAGCGCCUAACCAACCAGUCCUUCGGCCCAGUGAUGACGAUGUUGGAGGAGUCCGGCAAUACCGGCCGGGAAGUCAUCCAUUCGAUGCAGUUGCAAAAGUUUUUUCAAACCCGCAUGGCAGAAUUUUUGUCGGAAUACCUUCGCUACCGCUAUUUUGCGGAGACCGUCACCCACGCGGGAUUCCUCUGGGCUAGCUUGGCCGCCUACGCCAUCAGCAUUGCGGCGGCCAUCCUGAUGCUGAGUCUGCGCAACGACUUCGAGCCGGGCGAGGUGGGCAUCGCGCUGUCCUACUCCUUUGUGCUCCCCUACUUCUUCUCGCUGCUGGUACUCAUCAUCUGCUACACGCUGAACAUGAUGGUGAGUCUCGAACGGGUGCUGGAGCUGCAGGAUAAGGAGUUCGUGCCCCAAGAUCCGCCUUGGUACACAGGCGCAGGUGUUGUGGUGGCCGGAAAAAAUCCUGCUCCGGUCGCAGAUAUGAACCAGCUUGUCGCAGCAGCGCCCACUGGAGGUGUCCGGCAAGUUCACAUCGAGUUUUCCGACGUUUGCCUCCGCUACCGUCCCCACCUGCCGCUUAGCUUGCAGGGCGUCAACGUGAAAUUUCUAAAAGGGACAAAGACUGGCAUCAUCGGACGCACAGGGGCGGGGAAGAGCAGCUUGCUCGUUGCCUUGUUCCGUUUGGUGGAAAUAGAAUGCUCGGCAGGUGUUGGUGAUGAAAAAUCCUCCCCUUCUGGGUACAUCAAAAUCGACGGCAUUGACACGUAUUCCAUGGGGCUGCAGCAAUUGCGGCGGCAAAUCACCGUGAUUCCUCAGCAGACGCUGUUACUGGAGGGUACGCUCGCGAACAAUCUCGACCCUUUCGGGGAGCACGAAGAAGAGGAACUGAUUCGGAUCCUGGAGGAAGUCGGUCUGCACGAAAGUUUGAGUUUUGGAUCCGACCAAGUGCCGGAGCUGCUGCACAUGCGCGUCAGCUCGAAGGACGGGGUGAGUAAAGAUCUCGGAGGUGUUGAAAAGGGUGCCACCUCGUCAAAGUCCAGGUUGAAAGCAGGGUCGGACUCGCCCAGCCUACCUCCCGCCUCUCCAGCUGCGUCGACGAACGGAAAAGAACAGUCUCCUGUGCAAGCAUCAGCAUCUGCAUCGCCCCCGACGUCCCCAACCAAUCGUCAGCAGCCUCGCGCAAACACGAACCGACUGGGUCUAUCAGCCGGACAGCAGCAGUUGCUCGCGAUUGCCCGCGCGCUUCUGAAAAAGCGGCCGAUCGUCGUUAUGGACGAGCCCACGGCUAACAUUGACAACCACACCGAUCGGCUUGUACAGGGUCUGGUGCGCCGGAAGUUUCACGAUUGCACUCUGAUCACGGUGGCGCAUCGACUGCAGACUAUCAUCGACUUCGAUCGGAUAUUGGUUAUGUCCGACGGAAGAGUGGCCGAGGACGGCGCACCUUGGGAGUUGAUAAAAAACAGCGACUCUCAUUUGAAUUACAUGUUAGAUAGCUACGGCCCAGAAACAGCUGCGGCGCUGCGGCGUACUGCAAAUUUCGCGGCACCAUCGUAUUCAGUAGUUGAGGAGAAGUUGAAGUAAAUGCAAUAGCAGUGCCAUUGACAUUGUCACCGAGGUGUCCCGAUUGCUUCUGAAAGCUCGUGAGCCCGAAGCGAUCCAGGCACUUUUAGUUUAAGUAUGGCACUUCCUUACUUGUGCCUCAAUAUGACGAACUCCUCGAUUAAGAGGACAGUAUCUUUUUGGAGGAGCGCGAACGAACGAAGACUCCUCUUCAAAUUGAAUUUGCUUUCGAACAACCGGAGGCCAGCGGUAGCCAUUCAAG